AUGGCGGAGAGCCCGGGUCAGCCGGUAGGGAGCGACGAGCCGCGGGGAGCGGGCGAAGAAGAAGGCGCGGAGGCAGUGGGGAAGCCGCAGACCGUGCUGUGCCCCGAUGGGGGAGAGGAACCCACUGAUGAGUCCUCCGACGGCGGAGGGGGUGCCGGUGGGCAAGAGGAGGCCGCCGUGCUCAACGAGGUGCCCGGCGAAGAGGGUGGUGGAGAGCCCGGAGGGGUAGCGGAAAGCCAAGGAGCGGGGCAACAGAAGGAGGCAGAGCUGCCGAGACCCGAUGGGGACGGUGCGGCUCUGGAGGGAAGGGAACCGGCAGCGGCCGCGGGACUGGAGUCCGCGCCGGCGGGGGUAGAGCCAGAGCAGGCGGCGGGGAAAGUGGCUCUGGUGGGAACAGAGCCCGAAGAAGCGGCGGUGGCCCCGGCGGUAGCAGAGCCCGAAGAAGUGAUAGUGACAGCCCCGUCGGGGUCGGACCCCGAGGAUGUGGUACAGGGGGUGAAGGCGGUGGGAGCAGAACCCGAAGAGGCGGCCCCGUCCGGGACGGUUCCUGAGGAUGCAGUGAGAGAGGAAGCCCCGUCCGGUACGGUCCCCGAGGAGGCAGCGAGAGAAGAAGCUUCCCCCGAGGAGGUAGUGAGAGAUGAAACCCCGUCCGAGACGGACGCCGAGAAGGCUACGAGAGAGGAAGCCCCGUCGGGGCCAAGCCCCGAGGAAGCUAUGAGAGAGGAAGCCCCACUGGGGACGGAACCCGAGGAGGCUAUGAGUGAGGAAGCCCCGUCGGGGACGGAGCCCGAAGAGGUGAUGCAAGAAGCCCAGGUUGGGACAGACCCCGAGGACGCGGUGCAGGAAGAAGCCCCGUCGGCGCCAAGCCCCGAGGAAGAAGCGGUGAUAGAGGAAGCCCCGUCGGGGGCAGAACUUGAGAAGGAGGAGGAAGAGGCCCCAGCUGGAGACGAAGAGGCCACCCAGCGCCCCGGGGUUGCAGAGGACGCGGUGCCGGCUGCAGGGGAGACCGAUGGCGGCCGGCAGUCGCCGGCAGGCCCCGGAGGGGAGGACGGAGCCGAGGUUCUGCCGGGGGCUGAGCGAAGAGCCGGAACCGGGGAGGCGGCGGAGGCCGGAGAGGAGAACGCUGCCUCGGGGGGAGGAGGCGCGGCGGCGGCGGGGCGGCCCGGAGGGUGGCCGGGCACCGAGGGCGGCGAGUGGGAGUCGGCGGGCCUGAGCCUGAACGGGGUGCAGGGCCGGGCGGAGGAUGAGGAGGACGAGACGGGCUCGCCGACCGCGCUGGAGGAUGAGGAGAAGCAGGAGUACGACAUCUCUCUCUUCGUCAAGGCUGGCAGUGAUGGGGAAAGUAUUGGAAAUUGCCCGUUCUCGCAACGUCUCUUUAUGAUCCUAUGGCUAAAGGGUGUCAUAUUUAAUGUCACAACUGUGGACUUGAAAAGAAAACCUGCUGACCUGCAGAACCUGGCCCCGGGGACGAACCCACCCUUCAUGACGUUUGAUGGUGAAGUCAAAACUGAUGUCAAUAAGAUUGAGGAGUUCUUGGAAGAAAAGCUAGCACCGCCCCGGUAUCCCAAACUUGCACCGAAGCACCCUGAGUCUAACUCUGCAGGAAAUGAUGUGUUUGCAAAAUUCUCUGCAUUCAUAAAGAACCCAAGAAAAGAUGCUAAUGAAAAUCUGGAAAAAUCUUUGCUUAAAGCCCUGAGGAAGCUGGACAACUAUUUAAAUAGCCCCUUGCCUGAUGAAAUUGAUGCUUAUAGCACUGAGGAGAUCACUGUGUCCUGCCGGAAAUUCCUGGAUGGAGAUGAGCUCACCUUAGCAGAUUGCAACCUCCUACCAAAGCUCCACAUAAUUAAGGUUGUUGCAAAGAAAUACAGAAAUUUUGAUUUCCCACCCGAAAUGACGGGGAUUUCAAGAUACUUGAAUAAUGCAUAUGCAAGAGAUGAAUUUACAAACACUUGUCCUGCUGAUCAAGAAAUCGAGUAUGCGUAUUUGGAUGUUGCAAAGAGAAUGAAGUAAAUGGAAGAUGUUUCCCUUCUUUUAUACUUCUGAGAUUUUAUGGGCAUCAGCCAAUAUGGAAACAAAAAAAAAGCCAGCACGCAUUCUGCAGUGCAAUUUUAACUUUUGUUAUUGGCCAAUCCUUCUUCUGUAAUAACUGUGUAGCACUGUUUGCUUGUUCUUAAAUGAUGUAUGUGCAUCUGUGUCUGUACAGAUGUACACACACAGGAAUGUGUGUUAUGCACUCCAAGUUAAAAGCAUCAGUCAGUACUCAGGCUUUUGCUGAAGGUAGAGAACCAGCAUAGGUCACAAUUAUAGCAAUAUUACAGACUAGCGACAUGCUAAAUGACUGAAUUUAGUGAAGAAAUAGCCCUGUUCCUAACACACAUGUAACCUGUCAUUACUGCUGCCUCUGAUGUGUGUUUCACAGCUGUUGCCAAAUUUCGCAGUUCCCGGGAAGGUUUCUGCUUGCUUCUCCCCAGGCCUCGGCGGCCCCAUGCCAACAGUUGGCACACAUGCAGUACCCUGGUUAAUCCAGGAGAGAAGCCAGACUGGAGGUGGGACCACACCUGGCUUCCCAGAAGCCCUCUCCUCUGUGCUAGAGACCUGCAGGGCAGGUCAGUGAAGAACAACUUGUCCUCACGUUGCAUGAACUGUCUUUGGUAUGAAAGAAAGUAAUUAGAAAGAUCCCGCCUUCUCCUCUCUCAGGGCUGCAUAACCCAUCCAGCUUCCUUCAGACAAAGAGAGGAAUGCAGACUGUCACUGGCCCAUGGAUUAUUUGAUAACAAAUAUCUGACAAGGGAGGAGGCAGAGGCUUGGUUGUCGCUGCAGACUCAAUAAAUGGGUGAACAUCUGCCCCCUGUUACUGGUGCAGAAUCCCUCUGUCAUCCUUUUGUGACUCCCAUUUGGUUUUGGAAAGCAAAGAAGAGGGUUUAAGAAAGCUUGUUGUCCUUUUAUGCUUCCCUUUCUGGAUUUACUUGCAGGGUUUGCAUUUUCCCAAGCAGUCACAAGGACUUCUUUGCUGAGAGCUUUCCAAAUGUCCAGGCGUUGUCCCACUGAGGACAACAGAGGCAUAGCUCCUGCCUGGGGGAUGGAUGAGAUGAACCUCUCCAGGCGGGCAUGACCCUGUGUUCAUGGUACUACUAACAGAUAUUCUCUGGGCUUUAUGGAACAUGCUGUUGGAGAGGUAUCAACUCUGAAAAGUCACAUCCAUGGCUGCUUCUUGCUGAGCAGGUCCUCAGCAAGCACCUAAGAGCAGAGGGUGCAGUGGUUUAGUCAUAGGGUCAUCUGGAAGUUUCCUUCUGAUGCGUUUUGCCUGUAUGUACAAAAUAGACAUGGAAACAGCUAAAAAUAGCUUUUGUAGCACCUACGUCCAUACAAAGACUGAUACAGAAUAGCCAUUCGUCUUUGCCUGAGUUAAACAUAGGCUUGCUUUCUAACAAUGCAUUACUUAGGGUAAUAGUAGGUGUUGGGUGUAUGGUGUCUGUGGCUUCCUCUUACACACUACACAGUUCUUUUGCAAAUAUCCUAGCAUGAUUAUUUGUAAGCAGUGUUAAACACACAAUUUUAGUUUCUCUAGCUUCUCUACAGAGAGAACAGGCACAACACCUUUCCCUUACAGCCUCUGUUGUGAGGUUACUCACUGGGGUUGGUAGCUGAGCAGUCACUCUUCAUUUCUUACUAACUGUUACUUUGUAUUUUCAACUACGUACCUGAAUAUAUAAUAAUAUAUAAAAUAAAAAUCUGUAUACUCUUUUCA